CAGGGCCCCUUCAUGAUUGCCUUUUCCCCUGUCCCCCUUUUGCCCUACCUUCUCCUCUCCUCUGCUUGCGGGCCGUUGUCAAGCCGACCGCCGCGCAACACUGCAGUGGCGCAGCCUUUUGUUCUUUCUGCUAGCGCACGUGCAUGUCGCCCAGGCCUCUCGUUUCAGCGUUUCCGUAUUACGAGGGCCAGUCCCACGUUGGCCUGGCUGAGGGUUUGCGUGGUGCUGGGCUGGAACCCGAAGCGUUGACCUGGGAGCUCCACGCAUCCAUCAUCGGCAUGAGGCCCGAGAGCUGGUCUCACAAGAUCCUCACAAGUCUCAAUGUGGAUCUGGAGGCGUUUUCGUGCGAGCAGUACGCGCACGCAUACCACGAUGUUAUGGAGGGUCUGUACGACCGAAUUCUGCCCAUGCCAGGUGCGGAGGAGCUGGUGUCGCACCUGUCCACGCUCGGAGUCCGCAUGGCCAUCGCCACGUCGUCGGUGAGGAAGUCCUUCGACACGAAGAUGACGUACCACCCGAAGCUGCUGGCGCCCAUGGAGGUGGUGGUGACCGGCGACGACCCUGCGGUGCACCGGGGCAAGCCAGCGCCAGACAUCUUUCUGGAGGCCGCCCGCAGGCUCGGGGCGCAGCCCGGCGAGUGCGUGGUCUUCGAGGACUCCCCGCACGGCAUCACGGCCGCGAAGGCCGCGGGCAUGCACGCGGUGGCGGUCCCGGACCCUCGGCUGCCGGGCAACGACUUCUCGCACGCGGACCGCGUGGUCUCGUCCCUGCGGCAGUGGCUCGAGGAGCUGCCCCCCACGGGCGACGCCGCGGCGGCGCUGGCGUGAGGUCGCCCCCCCGUAAUCAUCGGCGGCCCCGCGAGGCCCCUCGGGUGGGACGGCGCGGAGGCCCGUGUCCUUGUCCCUCCCCCUCCCCCUCCCCCUCCCCCUCCCCCUCCCCUCCCCCGGUGGCGCCCUGGGGCCCCGUGCCCGCGCGUCCCGUGCCCGCGCGCGCGGGCGCGGAGAGGGCACCGCCGAUGCGCUUGCGAGGGG